AUGCUUCGUCAAUUGCGACCCAGAAGCUCGCUCUUCAAACAAUCUCCCUCGAGGCUGUUAGCAAGCUAUGAACCCUCGAGACUAUACAGCAUAAAGGCCGAAGCAGCAGCAACAACAAGGCUCCCAGAGAUUGAUCCCUCCGCCCUGACCAUCACCAAAACCACCACUCCAAAAGAGUUGGUUCCCCAGAAUGAACUGGUAUUUGGCCGAACGUUCACAGCUACAUCAGACCACAUGCUCAGUCUCGAAUGGACCGCCGCAGAAGGCUGGCUUCCCCCACGCAUAACGCCCUACCAAAACCUCUCUCUCGACCCCGCCAGCUGCGUCUUCCAUUACGCCUUCACCGCAUUCGAAGGUAUGAAAGCUUACAAAGACACCAAAGGCCAAGUCCGGCUUUUUCGGCCCACUAAAAACAUGGAACGUCUAAAUAAAUCCGUUGCGAGAAUCGCUCUUCCGACUUUUGAUGGUGCUGCUAUGAUUGAGUUGAUUUCUAAAUUUGCGGCUCUGGAUGAGCGCUUUAUUUCCGAUCAGAAGGGAUACUCGCUGUAUUUGAGGCCAACAAUGAUUGGGACGCAGAGAACACUAGGUGUGGGACCACCUGGCUCCGCACUUUUGUAUGUUAUCGCGUCGCCAGUGGGACCUUAUUAUCCUACAGGCUUCAAGGCCAUAUCGUUGGAGGCUACAAAUUAUGCUGUACGAGCCUGGCCGGGAGGAGUUGGUGACAAGAAGCUGGGUGCUAAUUACGCGCCUUGUAUUGUGCCGCAAAUGGAGGCUGCGAAGAGGGGCUUCCACCAGAAUUUGUGGUUGUUUGGGGAAGAGGAGUACGUUACUGAAGUGGGGACUAUGAAUCUUUUUGUGGCCAUGAAGAAUAAGGAGACGGGACAAAAGGAACUUAUUACUGCACCGCUGGAUGGGACGAUUCUUGAGGGUGUAACGAGGGAUUCGAUAUUGGAAUUGGCACGUGAGAGGUUAGUACCUGAAGGGUGGUUGGUUUCUGAGCGGAAGUACACGAUGGGGGAUCUCGACGCUGCUGCAAAGGAUGGCCGAUUAAUGGAAGUUUUCGGUGCGGGAACUGCAGCUAUUGUAGCACCAGUACGGAAUAUCAGCUGGAAGGGCAAGCUAGUGGAUUGUGGGUUGAAACCAGGUGAGGAAGCCGGAGAGCUUACGUUAAAAUUGAAGGAUUGGAUUGAGGCUAGACAGUAUGGGGAUGAGGAGCAUGAUUGGAGUUAUGUUGUGUCAAAGUAA